AUGAAUAAAACAAACUACAACAACAUUAUUUCAAUAAAUCAACAAAGAGAGUUUGUGUUAUUUCAAAAUAUUCAAAAAGAAUGUCCAUUAUUGGUUGUGUUUGACUUAGAUGAUACUCUUAUCCAUACCCACAUAAAUACUAAUAAUCUAUGUAUUAAUUCAUCAGAUAUAUUUACAAUUAGAGUUAAUGAAAUAAAGUAUUAUUGUGAAGUAAGAAAAGGAGUUGUUGAAACAUUGGAAAGACUUUCAAAACAAUUUCGAAUUAUGAUUUAUACUGCAUCAAAAAAAGAAUAUGCUGAUCAAGUUGUUAGUCAUUUAGAAAAAAAUUGUAAAUUAUUUUCUAAAAUUCUUUAUAGAGAAGAUUGUCUUGAAGAAGAAGGAUUUAUUUAUAAAACUAUUCAUAAUAUUAAUUAUAAUGUUAAACGAAUAAUUUGUAUUGACGAUAAUCCUUCUGCAUGGAAAAAAUUAGAAAAUGUAUAUGUUUGUAAAAAAUAUAAUGGAGGAAUAGAUGAUGAAAUGAUAGACAUUGAAAAUAUUAGAACAUUCAUUAAAUGUUGUAUUUUAUGUUUUUUAUUCGUUUAA